AUGUCCUUUGCAGCAGGAUACCGGUUGAAUACAUUCCCUCUUAUCCAUCUCAACUUCCUCCAUGCAGUUCUCAAUGUUGUUGCGUUGACGCCAUUGAUGGAACGAUUCGAAAGCGAAUAUGGAACUCUGACUACAUUGGCACUUUUCUUUGGACCUCUGACAACGAUUCCUGCCGUUCUGUAUCUCUUCAUUGAGAUUGCCAUACUCCGUGCCAACCAUGCCGUCAUGGGCGCCAGUAUCUGGGUGUUUUUGCUGUUGGGCAUGGAAGCGAUCCGAACGUAUAAAUCGAACCCAUAUCUGGUCAUUGGGACAUAUCAACUCCCUACCUGGACCACGCCCCUACUUAUGAUAGUGGUUGUUGCCGCGCUGCUGCCAAGCACUAGUUUGUUGGGCCAUCUUUGUGGCGUUGGCGUUGGUUAUAUCGCUGGCCUUGGCUACGUAAAGUUGCUCGCACCUCCAGAGUGGGCACUUCGAUGGAUCGAAUCUCGCCUGAACCUCCUUGCCAUAUUGCCGCACUAUGUCAGCGUUGACCAAAAGACAUAUGGUAGAUUUGGUGUUUUGCCCUCCACCAAUCGCCCUGUUGGAGGCGCGUCGACAGAGUUAGUAGGAGUGGGUGCUUAA